AGCCUUCCGCAGUGCACAGGCACCAAGGGGGCUGUAAUCUAUAUUCUUUAGCUCAGGGGAAGAGGUGCACCAGGUUUUUCUUUGCUGUGCGUUUUCCGCAAGCGACGCACUUUUUGUACUGGCCCUUGAACGCGUCAUAGCAGGAAUUGCAGAGCACAUGUCCGCAGGACGGCGCCCAGAUCGGAUCCUGUGCAUACAGAGCGUCCUUGCAUUCGACACAGACGAUCUGGCUGGAAUCGCACGUGACAAGGUCCAUGUCGGCAUCGCGGAAGUUGGGCUCGGGCACUGCCCUCGUGUAUUCCGGCAGCUUGGCCAGAUCGAGCUGCAGCGAGUUCAGCUUCAGCGGCUGCAUCUCCCGGCCACGCCUGCUGCUGGGCUGCGCUGGAGGAGCGUUGGCCUCGAUGAACGAAAUAAUAUCCGCCAUGUCGUCACCGUCAAAAAAGUCGAACGGCGACGGCCCAAUGUCAUGAUUGCCCGCAAAAUGGUGGAUCUGGAGGCCCGGAUGGAACGGGAAUAUCGGCAGGUUCUCGCUGGCAAACCGCGCAGCCAUCGCUCUGGUCAUGUACCGCCGCGCCUGGUCCUCAUACGCCUCCUCCUCGUCAGUCAUGUCCCCGCGUGCCUGCCUGGCCUGCUCCGCAUACCGCCCCGCGCUUUCCUCAAACAUCGAGUCAUCGACAGCCUCCACAUCAAUCGCUCCGUCCUCGGUCUCCUCGCCCACAGUGGCUGCCCGCGGCCGGUACCGCUCGGGCGCGCGGCUCCAGGUACGGCUCUGUCUUGGCAACGGCUGUGCACGGAUUGGCCGGAUUCCUGUCUCUCCUUCGGGCCCGUUAUUACGCUGAGCGUCUGUCCAGAGCCGCGGUCGCCGCCGUGCCGAGUCGAUGCGCAACACAUGCCGCAGAGAAUUGACCCGCUGAAAGUCACGGUUCUCGCCCUCCUGUCUACCCUGUAUUGGUGGCAGCCGGUUGUGCCCCACCAGUACCUGUGGCGGCCUCCGCAUGCCGGCUCGAGUGGUGUGCGUAGACGCCGACGACUGGUAGAGACGGCUGACCAUGUUCUGUGGGGCCACCCAGGACGCAAACGACCGGUGCGCUUCAGGAUGUCGCUGCUGGCUGGAACCCAAGUGCCUCAAUGGUCGCCCAUUCCGACCAUUCUGUGCUGCAGUGCUUGGAAGCGGCGCAGUUUCGUCGUCGCUUGAGAGCAGCACAAUGUUUUCAGCUGCAUUGGGCCGCUCUGGGGCGAAUUUGUCAGGUCGACUACAGGCGUUGCUGGUCCUUCCAUUAGGCCAGUUUUGGUACAAGGUGCGUAGCUAGGAGGGUAGAAAUUACAGAGCUUUAGGUGUAUAUGAAACAAUAAAGGCGGUUGUAUAG